UUGCACAAAAGUAGAAUUAAGACAUCCGGGAUAAAUGACUCAGCUGAGCUCAAUGAAGCCAAAACAUGUGCGUCCAGGCUUAAUUGGUUGCACAAAGACCAAGCCAGGAUGAGCAGACACGGAUUCAUUAAGCCAGGUGAAACCAAUCCUGGAUAGGUGCGCGCUCACGGCUCACUCAAAUAGACCCCGCCACAGAUCACAGAUUAACUGAUUUACCAUGGCAACUAGAGCCGCGUACUUUUCCCCGUCGGAAGCACAAAUCCUCAUGGAGGCAUACGAGGAGGUAAAAGAUAUAAUUAAGAAGAAAGGCAACACCGCCACAGUGAUAAAGCAAAGAGAAAAAGCGUGGCAAAGUAUUGCAGACCGCCUGAAUGCAUUAAACAUGAACGGGCCAAAACGGACAUGGCAGCAGGUCAAAAUCAAAUACAAGAACAUUCUGCAGAAUGCAGUGAAAAAGAAUACCCACAGACAAGGCACGGGUGGUGGGUCACCAAAGGCUGACCUUACCCCAGCAGAGGACAUGGCCUUGGAGCUAAAUAAAGGCAGGCCCGUCUUAGAGGGGAUCCCUGGGGGGAAAGAGACGAGCAUAGGUUCCUCCCAAGAUGCCACCCGCUUCAUUCAAGUGUCUGGCAGCACUGUGUUCCUGUUAGAGCCACCAGCACAAGCACCAGACGAUGCUGAUCCAGGUGAAGGCCCCAGUGCAGCAGCAACAGCACAUGAUGGAGACGAUGAUGAGGAGGAGACCAUCUCUCUGGAUUCCAGAAGGCAUGAGGACCCAGAUGCUAUACAGUGGGAAAACCAGCCUGGCAACAUAAGCUCACAAGCUAUCAGAAAGUUGUAUGGCAACCACCUCCGGCGCCAAAUAGAACUGGCAGACAUAGACAUUCAGUACAAGAAGAAAAAGAUGGAAAAUCUUGCACUGGAGUCCGAAAUAAAAAAGAGGACAAUUAGGAAACUGGACCUUGAAAUAAAAAAACUUGAGAGGGAGGUGAGAUAUGCCUUCAAUGUACACUGUAUGCUAACUGUAACACAAAUGUAUUAAUCAUUAUUUUUCUUUCCUCCCCCAGCUCCAAGAAGAUGACACAGCUGAAAAUAAAAAUUAGGUAUAUUCUCGUAAAGUCAAGUGAGCCAUGACAUAUGAGCUCUUAUUGUGAGCACACAGGACGGUGGCAUCUUUCUAAGGUUUUUUUUAUUUUCCCAGCAAUCAGUACAACCAAGUCAUCGUUAUAAGGCAUCGCCCUCUUUUGCCCACCCCCCCAGCACCAGGUGUGGCCACUAGCCUAUAUGAAGGCCCAAAAUUGUGUGUUCCUUUCUGCUCUGACAAUGGCAUGCCCCAUUCGUGCGAGAUGUGGUGGAUGAAGAAGCACUUGUGCUGAGGAGAGCCUUCAGGCGAGAAAGGGUCUUCAGGGACCGGUUGGACCCACUGGCCUUCCCUGAUGACCAUCUAUAUGAAAGAUACAGGUUUUCUGCAGAUGGCAUCAGGUAUCUAUGCAGACUACUGGGUCCCAGGAUUAAGCACCGCACUGCACGGAGCCAUGCACUGAGUGUGGAGCAAAUGGUUUGUGUGGCCUUGCGCUUUUUUGCUAGUGGAGCCUUCCUGUACUCAGUGGGGGAUGCAGAACAGCUGAACAAGGCCACAAUUUGCCACACAAUAAGGAGUGUGUGUCUGGCUAUCAAAGCAUUAGCAGAUGUCUUCAUCUCCUUCCCUGGCCACAGAAGACUCUGUGACAUCAAAGAGGAGUUCUAUAGGAUUGCAGGUUUCCCCAAUGUCAUUGGUGCAGUGGACUGCACACACAUAAGGAUAAAAGCCCCCUCAGGUGCCCAUGAGGCCGAUUUUGUGAAUAGGAAAUCCUUUCACAGCAUUAAUGUUCAGAUGGUCUGCAAUGCUGACUGUGUGAUCAGCAAUGUUGUGGCAAAAUGGCCUGGCUCAGUCCAUGACUCCAGAAUCUUUCGGGCCUCUGAAAUCUAUCAGUGCCUAUCACAAGGUGAAUUCUCUGGUGUGUUGCUGGGAGACAGGGGGUAUGGCUGCCAGCCUUUUCUCCUGACACCUUUCACAGACCCCCAGGAAGCACAGCAGGCCUACAACCAUGCCCAUGCCAGGACCAGGGCCAGAGUUGAAAUGACCUUUGGCCUCCUGAAGGCACGCUUUCACUGCCUUCACAAAUUAAGGGUCAGCCCUGUUAGGGCAUGUGAUAUUACUGUGGCUUGUGCUGUCCUCCACAAUGUGGCCUGCCUGAGGAAGGAGAGGGCCCCCAGAGUGCCACCAGCCAUGGACUGGGACAAUCCGGCAAUCUUCCCUGAUGACGACAGUGGUCGGCUGCUGAGGGACCAAUAUGUGUUGAAUUAUUUUAGUUAGUAUGUGUGCUUUCAAUUUUGGUUAAAUAUGUCCUGCGGUGGCAGAGGAAUUUGGGUUUUUUUGGGUUCGUUUUUUUACGAAUUUGGCCUCUUAUGAUGUUUGUGCGGUAUACUGUGUGUAAUACAAGGCUGCAGGGAGGCUACUGCAUCCAUUCAUUUGUCUGUUCAGUUGAUGUGUAUGGAUUUGUCCUGCAUUUAUUUUAGUGUGCAGACAUGCAGGGUGUGUUAUAUACAGACCUUUGAAUGUGUAUGUAUCAUUUUGUAUAAUAUGCUUGGAUUCUGUGCUUUCCAUCUUGUAGAGUCACUGUGACUUCAGUUUCGAAAGGAGCUGAUGGUUUACCUGCUUUGUUUUGUCCUUAUUCAAUAAAGGAACAUAAUGUUA